AGAUAUAUCCAAAUACCUUGGGCCGAAUCACCCCUACCGUAUCGCAGCGCAUCGUCGGGUGCAUAUUAGCCUAGUAAAAUGUUAUUGACCAGGUACGAAGGAUGGGCUUUCCGAUUGCGGGACGCAAAACGGUAUUUCAGUACGAAAAGUGUCCCGAAAGCUGAGAUCAAAUACACCAGCACUAUAAAUUUACCGAAAACAAAGUUUCCGGCCCGUUUGAGCGUGGAAAAGCGAACCGAGGUGGAGGACCAACUGCGCAAGAACUGUUUGAAUCAGCUGUACAGCUGGAACCGAAAUGCUCUGCCCGCAGCGAAUGAAUUUGUGCUACACGAUGGACCACCGUACGCCAACGGCGAUCUGCACAUGGGACAUGCGGUGAACAAAAUCUUGAAGGAUCUCAUACUGAAGCACAAAAUGAUAAGCGGUACACGGGUGCAUUACGUGCCUGGUUGGGAUUGUCACGGAUUGCCGAUAGAAUUGAAGGCACUGGAAGCGUUCAAUCGCCGAAAGCACCAUGCGCCGGGUGAAACGCUCCAAACGGCACCGGAAAUCCGCAACACUGCCCGCCGGUUUGCGCUGGAAACAAUCGCAAAGCAGAAGAGUGGAUUCGAAUACUGGGGAGUGACGGGUGCCUGGAACGACGACGACCAGGGAUACUAUCGGUCGUUGGAUCCUUCGUACAUCGGUGCACAGCUGCGGCUGUUCAGUGAGCUGUACGAGCGAAAGCUUAUCUAUCGCGACCUAAAACCCGUCUACUGGUCGCCCUCCUCACAGUCGGCUUUGGCGGAGGCAGAGCUAGAGUACGACGAGGCAUAUCAAAGCCCCUCGCUGUAUUUGAAGGUAGCGUUAGAAAACCGUGGCACCAGCUGCCCUGCCAUAGACCAGCGCCAGCUGACGGACGAACAGGUGUUUGCCGUAAUAUGGACAACCACUCCCUGGACCUUGCCCGCCAAUCAGGCCAUAUGCUACAAUCCCACGCUGGAAUACAGCAUCGUGCAAUCAUCAGCCUCCGGUGAGCUGCUGCUGGUGGGAAAGGAGCUCGUAGACUAUUUGGCAGCACAGCUGGAAACGUCGCUUACGGUGCUUCAAACCAUACCCGGUACAGAGUUGGGCACCUUAAAAUACCAUCAUCCCUUGGACCGGAGCAAACUGUUGCCCUUUCUACCAGCAUCGCAUGUGAAAGCGGAGAAGGGAACUGGUCUGGUACACACUGCUCCAGCCCACGGACCGGAAGAUUUUCUCGUUUGCUUGGAGCGUAAAAUAUCGGUCGAGAAUCUUAUCGACGAGCGUGGGCUGUACAAUGAGCGCGCGCCAUCGUUUCUCGCCGGCAAGUAUGCACUAACCGAGGGCAACACGCUGGUAACGGAAGCGCUGAAAGAUUCCGUGCUGAAGCUGUGCACCAUCGUACACUCGUACCCUAUCGAUUGGCGAACCAAGCGGCCGGUGAUGCUGCGUGCCAGCGACCAGUGGUUCAUCGAUACGAACCGCCUCAAGGAGCGGGCUUUGGAGGAGAUGCAGAUGGUCGAAAUCUAUCCACACGCAUCGUCGGAGGUAAGCAAGAAGGUGCUCGAAGCACAGCUCAGGAAACGACCGUACUGGUGCAUUUCGCGACAGCGCGCCUGGGGUGUGCCGAUCCCAGUGCUGUACGACACCGUGACAAAGGAACCGAUCGUUAGCCGAGCGUUGCUUGCUGUCAUCGAAGAUCGGCUCAAGCGCGAGUCUACAAUCGAUUUCUGGUGGACGGCUUCGGUGGAGGAGUUGGUGCCGGCGGAACUGGUGCACCGGCUCGGCACCAGCUACGGCAGGCUGGAGAAAGGGAAGGACAUACUUGAUAUAUGGUUCGAUUCGGGCGUAUCGUGGCUGUCGGUGUUGGGUUACGAUCGUGUCGCGGAUCUGUAUCUCGAGGGUGUGGACCAGUUCACCGGCUGGUUUCAAUCGUCACUGCUUACCAGCGUGGCCGCCCGCGACAAGGCACCGUACAAAGCGAUUUUUGUGCACGGAUUCGCUGUUGAUGAGAAUGGGCUGAAAAUGUCCAAAUCCCUGGGGAAUGUGAUUUGUCCCAAGCAGAUUGCAAAGCAGUACGGUUGCGAUGCACUACGAUGGUGGGUUUGUGCGCACGCCACGCAGCACACAUCCAUCCCCGUUAGCCACAAGCUGCUCGGGUCAUCGGCCGAAAACGUCCAGAAGCUGCGAGCGAUUUUGAAAUUCUUGCUCGGAGUAGUAGCACCGGAUGGUAGCAGGACUAGGGCACGACCGAACGUCGACAUACAGCCCGAUCGGCUACACCACAUCGACCGGUACUACCUGCAGCAAUUGGAAGCUUUCCACCAGACCGUGUUCUCGCUGUACGACUCGUACCAGCAUAGCAAGGCGACAGCGGCAAUACUCAACUUCUGCCAAUCGACACUGUCCGGGCUGUAUCUGCAUGUGAUCAAGGAUCGGUUGUACUGUGGCACAGGCGACGAGCACAGCAAUCUGAAAGCGAUUCUCGACGCUACCUACCGGACAGUGUCGAAAGUGCUGUGGCCAAUCGUUCCAUUCCUGGUAGAAGAAAGCUGGAAGUACUAUGAGGCCGAUCAUUUCUACAAAUCAAACCACCAGCACCAGCCGAAUGCUACGCUCCGUGCUGCCCCGCAAUCGGUGCACGCUGUUGAGUGUGCCCUCGAGCUGCGCCAUGCCGUUUAUCAGCAGGCACAGCUAAACGUGAACACCUGGCUGCUCGAAGUGGCAGUCGAGUGUAGCGAUAGUGAUCUUGCCCUCCUGACGAUGCUGCAUCCUAGCUUGCACGUACCGGAACGCUCGACUGAGCUCUGCGAAUUGUUACAGGUCGGAUCUGUGGCUCUGCUGAAACCAUCGUCAAGUGAAAAUCGGUUUACCGUAAGGGUGAAAAAAUCCGACCGGCCGCUGUGCCAGCGUUGUCGCCGGUAUCUAGUGUCGGAACAGGAUCCAAUCUGUCCGCGGUGCAACACUGUGCUAAGCCAACGGUGAGAAAUCAAAUAGAGCUUUUCGGAUGGGAAAAAACAAUUAACAAAUCAGCGAUGAAUGAUGCGCGAAACCAGAGAAACCACUAUUGAGGAAGGUAGUAAGUAUAUGUACAAAUACACUGUUGAGCAAUAGAGCAAUAAUGAAUCAUUUAGCAAUUAAAUGUGGUUCUGUUGAUCGGACAAAAGAAGACAAAAAGUGUGUGGAAAGACGAACAAAACUCAAUAGUAAAAAAAAAAAACACAAAACAUCUUUCAAAUACUUAAAAAAUACACCACACAAAACAAAAACACGAAA